CCAACUUAGAACCCGCCUUUGGCAAAGAGAUCGGUAAAAUCCGACCGGUAUUUAUUCUCUCUAAUAAUCAGCAGAAUUUAUAUAGUCCUUUAGUAAUUGUUUUACCCAUUACUUCUUCCUUAGACAAAAUUUAUUCCUGGGAAGUAAAAAUUAAUUUAGACCAUAAGCAGGGCAAAAUUUUAACCGAUCAAAUUACCGCUAUUGAUAAGGAGAGAUUAGGAGGAAAAAUUAAAAUUAGUGAUAGUUCAGAAUUAUUAGAUUUAGUAGAAAAAGCCCUCCACAAAAUAUUAGAUUUUAAGAAGUAG